AUGGCGAAAGGACUGAAAACGCUGCUGGAAUGGGAACGAGGGUCUCAGAACCCUUCACAAGAACAGCUUAUUGCAGAAAUGAGGUUCCUGUCAGUUAAGGAGGCCUCAGCCAGCACCCCCAGAACUCCCAGAAUUCCCCUGGGAGCAGACACCAAGGCCGGGCUCAGAUCCCUGAGGCACCGGCACCCUCGGCACUGCCCACAGCCCGGUUUUCGUGCGAAAGUAAAGCAGAAAACUCGGGGAAAGUGGAGAAAAGGCAAGGUUCUGUGCUUGGUACCUCAGGCAAAGGACUCCCGCAAGACCGAGGCAGAGCUCGGGGUUCCGCAGGCAGGGCCACCAGAGGAAGGUGUUCUGCUCACUGUUAAAGCAGCUCCCAAUUGCUCCGUGGGGCCACGAGGCCACGGUGUUUUUGUCCUGAGGCCCAACACACGGAAAAACCAGGUUUCAGUCUGCCUUUCCCAAACUCAACGGUCAGAAAGGCCAACUGCGCGCCCUCUUGCGGUCAGCCUGAGAAUCGCGCUUGAAGGCAGAAGGGGAGGAAACUUGGCCUUAAUUGUGUCCGUGACACCCCCUGGUGACCAUCCCUUGAAUGACCGGAAUUCUCCAUGGCCCAGUCCAUUGAUAUUCCUGGAUAGCGCAGGAGUGAUGCUCUGCUCCCUCACUGCCUGCUCUCUUGGCGGGGACAUACUUUGGGUCCAUAGCUGGGACAACCGGAGAAUCUUUAAUUUUUGGAGACAGUUGAACACUAUGCCCCCUCAGUCAUGCCUACGUGACAGAAACGACUGCAAAUUGCGUUGGAAAGCAGGGACUAUCACUCCAAUGCAGAAGACACAAUGCACCUGUUUCCACCAUCUGAUGCUCCAGCAGAUCUUCAAACUCUUCCCAACAGAACACAGCCUUGCUGCAAACCAUACCCUCCCUUGCCAACUGCUCUGUAGCCCUCACAGCCUCGAACACCUGCAUCAGAUGGAAGAGGAAAAUCGGACUUGUCCCUGCUUGGGAAUUCUUGUUUGUAAGUAUGUCCAAAGGAUCCAAAACUACCUGAAAGAACAGAAAUAUAGCCACUGGGCCUGGGAGGCUGGCAGAGUUGACAGCCUUCCCCUCAUGAGACAAUCAUCAAAGAAAAGUCAACAGAUGAACAAGAAAGUUACAUUCAUAACUCUCUCUGCUCAAUGCAUUGUUCGUAAGUCCUCAACAAUGUCACUCACAUUUCUGCACCAGCUGAGAAACACACGAAACAAAAAUCAUGGGGUCAUCUUCAAAACAUAUGGUAAGUCUUGAACUUACAAAAU